GCAUGUUUACUCGAAACAUUUACUGACAACCAUCAGGGCCUUAUAUAUAUUGUAGAAUAUCCUAUAUUUUUAUAAGCUGAAAGUAGUUGAGGUCCUUAAAUACUUUCCAGUUAUUUUUGUUUCUUAUAGAAAACAGCUGUCUGUAAAAAAGGAUGACUGCAUUUGUUAUUCCAUCAUUAGGUAAGCAUGACAGUAAACAGAAUGUGUUCUAAAAGCCUGUGUCACCUUGUAUUAUUGAUGUUUGGAUACUAGAAUUUGACAGAUUAAUGCAACAAAGAAUUAAUAUUAAUAUUAGCAAAAAAUCUGUGUGAGAUAAGGACUUUUUAAACUCAGAUAGGAAGCAGAUAAUGAAUACGUUUCAAGCUAAAGCCUUCAGAACAGACAACAGAUGUUGCUUUAAGGUAAACUAAACAGAUGAUGAGGAUUCCAGAGGUUAUUUAAAAGGAGAUACAAAGAAAACUAUUGGAUAUAAAUACCUUCUUGAAAUACAACUUGCAAACAGACAUAGAAAGACAGCUAUGUGACCUGAAUAAUUAAUUUGGGAGGCCUUUUCUCCUUUCUUUAAAUGUGUCAAAAACUGUCUCUACAGUAGCAUGCUCCAAAAUUGUAGACCAAAGCACUCUGCAGUAGUCUCUUGCUGUGAAGAUGCAAGAUAUGAGAAACUGGAGAUAGAAUCUCUUCUGUCCUUGAUGCUGAGACUGGGCAGGAGGAAAGCUAGUAAUGUAAGGGGAGAGCAUAAAUGUAAGCUGCUAUUUAUAUUUCUAUUGUGAUAUAAAGGGCUUUUAUAUACAUCAGUUCUCGCAAAGUUUCACUAUUAUGUUGUGCUUAUCACCUAUUUAAUUUUCAUUAGACUUUUUUAUUACUAAUAAAAGUUUUCUAAAACCACAAAGAGUUGUAGUAAUACUCUUUUUAUUUGAAUUUCAUGCAGGUAAUCCUGUGCAGGUGACUCAGUCUUCUAUUUCUUCUUAUCUUAAAGAACCUACUGCACUUGAGACUACCAAAAGGACAAAGCCUAAUGGCUACUCUCCUACAAGUAUAUUGUUGUGGUAAGGGCUUAGUCUGAAUAGUAUAUUUUUUAACCUUAUGGCCAUGGGGAAAAAGAAAUGAGGAAGCAUAAGUAUAUGAUAGAAAGCAAUAAAAUGAUUUUAAAAUAUUUCAGACAGAAGAAUUUUGCUAGCAGAAAGAGCUUGAAAUUUACAUUGUAUCUCAAAACUCCAAUAAAAGGGAAGGGUUUUUUUUGGCCUAGCUCUAAUUCUCUAUCUCUUUCAAGGAGGAAUAAAGUAAGUAGAUAGAUUUUUAAUUAUGAUUUUUCAGAUUAACAAAAACAUUGUUUAAAAAGCACUGUGGGGAUUUAACCAAAAUCAAAAAAAGAAAUAACCAUACCAGAACUGAAAGAAGUAGAUGAUGUUGGAUCCUGUUUGCUAUCAAAUAACUUUUUUUUCAAAAAAAAGCUUAGAAGAUUGAAAGCUGAAGUAGUUAGUAUCUUUUUAAAUAUGUAUCGGUGUUCAGAUAGUUCAUAAUGGCCUGGAGAGCUCUUUUUACUUUCCAUUGCAGAGUUCUAUAUAGUAAUGCUAGAAUCUAAGAUAGUACAUAUCUAAAAUACUAAGGUAAAAAGUGACUGAAAAUUAUUUCUACUAGAUGAGGGUUUUACCUAAUGAAUGAAAUUUUUAAUUUCAGCUUCACAUUUGACACUCUUAAGUGUAUUCUUUGUUAGAACGAUCCAGUUUUAUGGCUUCUACCUCAAAGAGUGGUCUGUGAUUAUUGCUGUCUCCCUGUUUUCAUUCCAGUGAAGAAGAUGAUUCUAAACACCAGAAAUAAUAACAAAGUUAAAAGGUAUUAGUCUAAAUGGUCCAUGAAGUCAGUUCUAAUAUUUAUUGGUGGUUUAUGCUAACAAAGUUGUUUGUUCUAUUUUAUCUUCUUCAAUGACUCUUAAAGAAAACUAAUGUAAAAAAUGUUUCAUGAUUGGGAGCAUGAAAAGGAGUGAGUAAUAACCCCUCUGAACAUCUGAAAGUUUAGUUUUCAGUCUGGACUUUGACAAUUUGCACUAAAAUUCUUCAGGAUUCCAUAGGCAAAAGAAAUGAGUAAAAUGCUUAGCAAUAAAAUAUUUUUCUAGUCUAAUUAAUCUAUGUUGUUACUCAACAGCACUUUUAUAAUACUAACCAAAUAAUUUUGUGAAGCUCAGUUAUCUUGCAGAGGAAUGUUAGAAGGGUAAAACAAGUAAUUAUCUUUUUGAAUUCAAAACUAGCAUGUUUAAUUUUCAUUACUAAGCAUAGCAAAUAUUCCAUUGUUCUUUUUGUUCACAGUUAGUAACUUUUGUUAAUCCCAUAAACAAUUUAUGGGUGUCCAGUCAUGUUCUGCAAACUGGGAAGAUGUUGAGAGUGGUAAAAGCUCAGGGGGCUUUGUUGAAGUGCCUCAUGUGAUACUUUCUAUUCUCAGCAGAGGUUAAAAUUAGAACUAGGCUGAUAUUACAUUGGCGUCUGAGUGAGAGUUCUAAAUGGUUUUAGUAGUACGGACAAGAUUCAUAAUUUACCUCUGCUCCUGCCCAGAAAGCAGUGAGUCAUGGAAAAUGUUGGAAAACCCAAAAUGAUUUAGGUAAGUUGUUCUUAAACUCUUUGGAUGAUUGGUGGUGAAGUUGUUGAGAGAUCUAGUUACAUGGGAGUAAGUUUGCAGUUGUCUGACAGCUGCACUUGGGAAUUUACUGUGGAAUUGUUGCCGUGGUUAUUGUUUUUUUGUUUUCCUGACAAAUCAUAAGAUAUAAGAACAAGAAGCUUUUGAUGAUUGUCCUGUUAUUGUAUAGUUAAAUCUCCUUGAAAACAGAAGCCUAUCUAUAGGGCCUCUUAUAUUUCAUGAUUCUAAAGCGGUGUUUAUUAAAUAAGCUCAUUUUCACUGCAAGAGAGAGCUGCCAAGUGUAAGCUUUCAUUAAAAAAAAAAACCCUACUGUUUUGACUGUAUAGUCCAAUACUGUCUUUCGUGGUACAGGUAUCAAAAAAUAUCUCUGUAGAGAUUGGCACCUCAUUGUCUGUUUUCUGCACGAUGUAUAUGAAAAGAUUUUUUUUUCUACCUUUAAAGGCUUGUGUUUAGGAAAUGUCUGUAAACAAUGAGAAAUGAUAGAUCAGGUAGAUCAGUUAAUCUGAGUAGAUGGUUGCUCCUGAAAAAUAAGCCAUUUUAAAUUGCAGCCCCUGAUCAGAGCAGAAGGCUUCAUAUGGUGUUUUAGUCAUUACUGCUGCAUGUUGGGAUGAGGAAUGGGAAAGGUAAGGACUGCUGAAGGAGAAAUUAAUCCCUCAAAGUACAGCAUUUAAAUGUGAUAACAUUUAUGUAGGGGAAGGAAAGAGGAUGCAAUCUGUUCUUUACAGGAAAAACCUCAAUCCCUUUUUAGGAAUGCAAAUGCCAGAGUACAUUGUGCCAUGCUGUGGAUGUCAUUUGUGUCACCUGCCAAAUCCUGCCAUAUUCCCUUAACAAACAAAAAACAGUUAAGAACCAUUGAUAUCAAAGUAUUGGACUAGAUGCUCCUUUAUUCAAGCAUUGUAAUUUGAUUUUCUGCUGUCUUCAUAAUGGCAAGCAAUCUUCACAAUUUUUAUUUCUUAUUAUUUGCUUACUUAUACCUUUUUAAUUAAGUGAUUCAGUGUAAUCAGGCUUUACAAAUAACCACCUUAGCAAGAGAAGCGGUAAACAUAAGAUAGAAUGCUUACCAGUUUGAACACAGAAAUGUUCAUCAGGCUAUUUGAACGCCAUGUUUGCUUAUCCAUGGCAUUUGAAAGUGUAAUAGUAUAUAUAUGGUGGAAAAAAUGCUCUAAAAGACAGACUUAGAACAAUUAUUGCAGGGAAGUACUUGUGUGGAAAGACCUGAAAUGCCACUUCUGUUGUUAUCCACCUGCUUAUUUGGAGGAAGGCUAUCCUCACUUUUUGAGUUUGAAUGUGUACUUAAGACAAUGUUUUCUUACUUGUCCCUUUUUUUCGUAAAAAGUUUGAAAUAGAGCAUUUAAAUCAAAAGUGUUCAGAGUACAAAUGUGCACAGCUGCUGGCAUGAAGUUUGGCCCUCCAAAUUUAGCUGAAUAUGAAUGUCUUAGCUCCAGUUCACUUCCAAACCCCUUGCUCCACCCAUUAAAGAACCGACAGUACAAUAUUGGCAAUAAGGACACUUCUUAGAGGGAUGCAGUCACUGGCAUGACUGAGUAUCCGACUUCGCUGCUGUUUGAGAAAUUAUCUCACCAAGGAAGAGAUGACUUCAAAACCGUAGCCUGAUUUUUUUUGUUUUUUUGUCAAUUUGGAUCCUGACAUUCAGGAGGAUAACAUGAAGGUUUAAAGAGCAGUAUAAAGAUUUUUAAAAGCCUUCAUCUAAGCUGAUACAUACACUGAUGCAUUGAGCCUCAAGUUCACAAUCAGACCCUGUGACUGAAUCGGAACAUGUAAGAAUCAUGACUGAAACUGCUGUUUGUGUUGGAUCAUUCACUGCUGUGAAGACACUUUGGGAAGUGAGAAUACAGAAAAUAAAUGAUGAAUUACGUAAAGAAAAGGAAUUCAGACAGAGGUCUGCAGGAAGACUAAUACUUGUCUUGGAAGAGAGAUCAACUUUAGCAAAACUUAAAGAAAAAGUUAUUAAUGAAGAUGGGAGAGCAAUUUUAAGGAUAGAGGAAGAAGAAUGGAAGACACUACCUUCAUGCUUACUGAAACUAAUCCAUCUCCAGGAAUGGCAUCUCCACAGAACUAGUUUACAGAAGAUACCUCAGUUCAUUGGAAGGUUUCAGAAUCUUGUUGUUCUGGAUCUAUCGCGGAAUUCAGUUGAAAGUAUACCUAAAGAAAUUGGCCAGCUGACUAGCCUCCAAGAGCUGCUUCUCAGUUACAAUAGAAUUAAGUCUGUUCCUAAGGAAAUAAGUAACUGCAUCAGUCUGGAAAGAUUGGAACUGGCUGUUAACAGGAGUAUCUGUGAUCUUCCUCCUCAGCUCAGUGAUUUAAAGAAGCUUUCACAUGUAGACUUGUGCAUGAAUCAGUUUACUACCAUCCCCUCAGCGCUUCUCAAUAUGCCAAGUCUAGAAUGGUUAGAUAUGGGGGGGAAUAAACUCCAGGAGCUUCCUGAUACAGUUGACAGAAUGGAAAAUCUCCAUACUUUAUGGCUCCAAAGGAAUGAGAUAAACUCUUUGCCAGAAACCAUUGGUAAUAUGAAAAAUCUGAGUACGCUUGUUCUUAGCAACAACAGACUUAAGGAUAUUCCUGCUUGUAUGAAGCACAUGACAAAUCUGAGAUUUGUCAACUUCAGAGACAACCCACUGGAGUUGGAGAUAACACUCCCUCCAUGUGAGGACAUAGAAGAGGAGGAAGAACGCGAAAUGUUUGGCAUUGAAUUCAUGCACUUGUAUAUUCAGGAGUCACUCAAGAAAGCAGAAAACCUGCAAAGUUGCACUUCUGAUCCUUCUCCUACCAUAAAUGCUAAUGAAUAAAGAAUGUAACCGUGAGUUGGAAGAAAAUAUCAAAUACACUUCCUAACAAAGGGUUCUACAACAAAUUUCAAGUAUUCUAAGGGAUUUUAUUUUCCCAUUGAUGAGAACUGGUUUGCAUAGUUGCAAUUCCCAGUGAAACUGGGAAAUGUAAAACCUCUUCCUGGGUUCAGGAAAGACUUGAAAACUCAGGUUUUCUGUAAGCACUGAUUGCGUGAUUAGAUUUUUAAUAAUCUAGUAAAGUUUGUAGUUUGUUUUCUACCAAUUCCAAAUUUAUUUCCUGUCAUGUAGUUGGCUCUGGUAUUCAAGACUGCCUUGGGACAGCUGUCAACAGUACAUUCUCCAAGGACACAGUAGACUCUGUAUAAUACUGUAGUGCGGCCUUAUAUCCUCUUUGUUGUAAAUAUUUAAUCCGUCCAUGGUCAAUCAACCGUUUACAGAGGCAACCUAUCUCCUUUCU